UGUCUCAUAACAGCAGCUGGCAGCAGAGAGCGAGACAGCAGGGAGCAGGCAGGGCACGGACAGCUAUUACAUACCUGGCUUUGCAGAGUACUCGUCACCGCUUCGCCCACAGCUUUCUGUCAGAAUAUACACUUUUUCCUGCGACUUGCACGCAGCUCAAGGCGCAUGCUCAGAGUAACCGACGGCGCAUUUGUUUUAUUCAGGAACUCAGAGAGACUGAACAGUUAAAAAGAUGACCACUUCAUGGAGUGACAGACUGCAGAACUAUGCAGACUUGCCCGCCAACAUGGACGGCCUUACAAUGAAGAAGUACAGGAGGGAGCCCUACCACAGAAUCUUUGUCAACAGAAGCUUGGCAAUGGAGAAGAUUAAGUGCUUUGGCUUUGAUAUGGAUUACACUUUAGCAGUGUAUAAGUCACCUGAAUAUGAAUCAUUAGGCUUUGAGCUGACAGUGGAACGGCUAGUGUCCAUCGGUUAUCCUCAGGAGCUCCUGAGCUUCGUCUAUGACCCAUCAUUUCCCACCAGAGGCCUUGUGUUUGAUACCAUGUAUGGAAACUUGUUGAAGGUUGAUGCUUACGGUAAUAUCCUGGUCUGUGUCCAUGGAUUCAACUUCCUGCGAGGCCCAGAGAUCCGUGAACGGUACCCCAACAAGUUUAUCCAGAGAGAUGAUACAGAGCGUUUCUAUAUCCUCAACACCCUCUUCAAUCUGCCAGAGACCUACCUUUUUGCUUGCCUUGUGGAUUUCUUCACCAACUGUGAUAGAUAUGACAGCUGUGAAACUGGCUUCAAAGAUGGCGACCUCUUCAUGUCCUUUAAAAGCAUGUUCCAGGAUGUCCGGGAUGCUGUUGACUGGGUCCAUUUCAAGGGUACGCUGAAGGAGAAGACUGUGGAGAACUUGGAGAAGUAUGUAGUGAAAGAUGGAAAGCUGCCUCUUCUUCUCAGCCGAAUGAAUGAAGUAUCCAAGGUUUUCUUGGCAACCAACAGUGACUACAAAUACACUGAUAAAAUCAUGACCUAUUUGUUCGACUUCCCUCAUGGCCCAAAGCCUGGCACCCCGCACCGGCCCUGGCAGUCCUACUUUGAUCUGAUCCUGGUGGAUGCCAGGAAACCGCUGUUCUUCGCAGAGGGUACAGUGCUCAGACAAGUGGACACAACAACAGGACGUCUAAAGAUAGGAACCUACACAGGACCACUGCAACAUGGGAUAGUCUACUCUGGAGGCUCUUCAGACAUUGUGUGUGACUUGCUGGGGGCCAAGGGAAAGGACAUAGUAUACAUCGGGGACCAUAUUUUUGGAGAUAUCCUCAAAUCCAAGAAACGUCAAGGCUGGAGAACAUUCCUGGUUAUACCUGAGCUGGCCCAGGAGCUUCACGUGUGGACCGACAAGAGCUCAUUAUUCGAGGAACUCCAGGGCCUGGAUGUUUUCUUGGCAGAACUCUACAAGCAUCUGGAUAGCAGCAGUAAUGAAAGGCCAGAUAUCAGCACUAUCCAGAGGAGAAUCAAGAAAGUGACACAUGACAUGGACAUGUGCUAUGGCAUGAUGGGUAGCCUGUUCCGCAGCGGCUCCAGACAGACUCUCUUUGCCUCACAAGUGAUGCGUUACGCCGACCUGUAUGCAGCUUCCUUCAUUAACCUGCUGUAUUACCCCUUCAGCUACCUCUUCAGAGCGUCACACAUACUAAUGCCCCAUGAGUCAACAGUUGAACACACCCACGUGGACAUCGACACAGAGUCCCCGCUGGCUACCCGCAACCGCACCCACUGCAGCGACUGCAAAGAGCUAGAGUGCAAGCGCAACCAGCUGACCCGCUCAUUCAGCGAGAUCAAGCCACCCAACCUGUUCCCUCAGACUCCCCAGGAGAUCACUCACUGUCACGAUGAGGAUGAUGAUGAGGAGGAGGAAGAAGAAGAAGAGUAAUAUAAUAGGACCUUUAGAGGGGAGCCAUGUUCCCGUUCCUGCCUUCUUAUCUUUCCUAGUAGAGUCAAGUAGUGAUUGCUUUCAAAGCGAGGCAGAGAGGGGAAAACAUCUCCAGUGUGCAUAUGUGUGAUCACACACGCUCACACACGUACACAUUCUUCAAAUUUCUGAGGAUAAGUGUAAAGGACCAGUAGCAAGAGAGAUCAUAUGACUGUCAGAAGACUGCAUGCUCGGUCCUCUAAACAAAACCUGUAUGAGCUUAGUUAAAAAAGAAAACAAACACAAACUUCUUGAUUUGUAAAUUCAUUUGAUU